AUGGCGAAUUCCAGGACCUCGGCAGGCCCCGUCACCGUCUACCAGUCAGUAAAGAAAGAACAGGACCGCAUUACCACCACGCUCGAGGUCCCCGAUUCCCAUACAUCGGGUCCCAAAAACACCACCACUGUCCAAGCUACCCUGCCAGAGUACCACGUCUCCCCACCUUGGGAGCUGCUUUGGGACGAUCUGAACCUCUUUCUUAAACACUUCAUACUCCUUGCAUUCAUAGUCGAUCCCUUAUGGUACCCUCGCCGCGAUGGUACACACUUCCCUGCAUUGAGCCAAGCGUGGGUGCCGAGAAGCAUCAAUUGGGGCUUCAUCCAGCGGGCAGUCACGGCUGCGCAGCAUCAGUACCAAACAAUCGUCGAUCCCUUUUUUCCUUCUGGGGAGAUGGACGAGCUCUAUCCAUCACUGACAUUCCUGUGCUCUCUUCCCUUCAUUGCCAAUCUCCCCUUCAAUGUCCUACUGCCCUACCUUGUCGGAUUCGUCGUUCUCAACUACCUUGUUUGCAUCCCGCUCAACGCUGGAACCUUGAAUGGAAUGCUCACAUCCCAGCACGACCGUUGGGAAGAGGCAAGGCAUUGGGAUUCCCUCAAAAACGAGGACUACCGAGAAAAGUGGUUCUUCCAAAACGGCAUCUCCGUCGGAGCUGGCAUUGUCUUCGACAUACUCCAAUGCCUUUUGGAGAGGUGCUUCUACUUUGGGACCUCCGACACCAGAGCUUGUUAUUCAGUCAUUGCCGCUGCGUUGAGCCCUACGGAGAAAAAUGACAAGGUCGUCAUCAUUCUUCAUUCUCAGGGUGGUCUCCAGGGUAGCCUUAUCCUCGACUGGCUUCUUUCUAACUACCCUCGCGACGUGUUGAACAAGAUAGAGAUCUACACCUUUGGAAACGCAGCCAACCACUUCAAUAACCCCAGGGAAAGCGGAGACGAAGGCAUCAUCGGCCACAUCGAACACUACGGCAACUCAGGUGACUUCGUAGCCGAAUGGGGUGUCAACCACUUCAAGUCUCUCGUCGCCAAGGCGAAUUUGACUCGAGAUCUGGAGAGAGAGGCCCGCUCUUACGACCUGGGAUACAUUCUUGGUCGUGAUGAAAGACAGAACAACUUCUCCGGACUCCUCUUCAAGAAUGAGGUCACGGGUCAUCUGCUCAACCAGCAUUACCUCGACAGAAUCCUGCCUCUCAACGAAUCCUUGACCAGCGUUGAAGAGGAGAGCAAGGGAAAGCCCAUGCCCGGAUCCUUCAUGGCCUCGCGCAUGAUGUCUGAUCAAGAUAGCCGUAGACUCGAUAACGAAGGAGCAAGGGUGUACCAGCAAAGCAGGCUCUGGCAGUAUAUCAACGGCAGAUCGCCGCCGCCAAAAGCUUAG